UGAGUUCGUAACGCACUUUUGACUUCACUGAAAUUUUAUAUUAUAUUCUUUCUUACUUUAUCCUUUGAAAUGAAAAUGAAAGCCUUUAGUUGAGAGAUCCAGGUGAACCAUCUUAACAGGGAAUUAUUGUAUACCAUCAGAUAAAAUGGAAGACAAUGAAAUUCAGAUUCAUGUGGUGGACCAUGGUGAUCAUAGCUUUGAAGAUACAGAUAAAAAAUCUUGUUGUACAAGAUUAAUAUCAGAAGAUACAAAAACGGAAUUAUGUGAAAUAUACAGACUUGCAUGGCCAACAGUAUUUACACAUCUUUUUAUUGCUACACUAUCUACCCAAAGUAUCUUCUUCUGUGGUCAAAUUGGUAAAUUGGAGCUUGCCGCUGGGACACUUGGAAUUUCAUUCUUCAAUGUAUUUGGGUUUUCCAUUGCAAUUGGAUUGUGUUCAGCUCUCGAUACACUUUGCUCCCAAGCCUAUGGUGCAAAAAAUUUUAAAAUGGUUGGGAUAGUAUUGCAAAGAGGCAUCUGUAUUCUGGGUAUUGCUGCGAUCUUUGUUUAUGCUUUCUGGAUAACAACAGAACAUUUUCUACUUGCUAUUGGGAUUGAACAAGAAAUAUCAAGGAUGGUUGAUAAGUUUGUGAUGAUCUUGAUUCCCAUUCUUCCUGCUCUCUUUGGGAGUUCACUCCUCACACGAUACCUGAGUUCUCAGGGUAUCGUAAGACCUACUCUCAUAAUAGGAUUUGUCAGCAAUGCUAUUGCUCUUGGACUGAACUUUCUUUUUGUUAUUGUAAUGAAACAAGGAUUAUGGGGUGUUGCGAUCUCUUUAGUCAUUGUCUUUUACUGUAACCUGUUUUUAACAAUGGCAUAUAUAAUAUUUUCAAAGGUUUAUAAAAAAACUUGGAUGGGUUGGUCUUGUGAGUGUCUUUAUAAGUGGAAAGAAUUUAUUUGGUUAGCUCUUCCUGGAAUGCUCAUGAUCUGCCUGGAAUGGUGGAGCUUUGAAGCUGGUGCUUUCUUAAUGGGUAAAUUUGGUGAAAGUACACUAGCUUCACAUGGAGUUCUCAUACAGUUAGUAACCUUGACAUUCAUGGUACCAUAUGGAAUGUCCACAGCAGCUGCCGUACGUAUAGGACAUAAUCUUGGAGCUAAUAAACCCUCUCUGGCAAAACUAGUCAUGAAGUUGUCCAUUGGACUAACAUUACUAUGCGUCUCCCUGAUAAUAUUGGUCAUUGUAACUACAAGGAAGUAUAUAGCAAUGGCAUUCUCUAAUAGUGGGGAAGUCAUUGAAAUUCUCAUCAGAACUAUUCCAAUUAUGGCUGUUUUAUCAUUCUUUGAUGCAACACAGGGUGUGUGUAGUGGUAUUGUACGCGGCUGUGGACAACAAAGAAUAGGUGUUAUCAUAAACCUCAUUAGUUAUGACUUUAUUGGACUACCUCUUGCAGUAGUUCUGGCCUUUGUUGUUGAUAUGCGUCUUUCAGGAAUGUGGUGGGGACUGACAGGUGGCUUGCUUGUGCAGACUUCUCUAUAUAUCAUCUUACUUUCUUGUACGAAUUGGACAAAGCAAGCUUAUCUGGCUAAAAAAAGGACAGACACAAGCCAUGGAAUGAAGACUAAAGACAAAGACAAACUAAUCAAACCUAAUGGUGAUGUGGAUGAAGACAAGAGAAAUG